AUGGACGUGGCCAUCAGGGAGCGCCUGUUUGCAGCGGAGAGUCAGCAAGAUGUUGAAGCUUUGAGGACUGCUUACGAAUUGAUCAAAUCAGCCAGUCUCGGGAAUUCUGCCCUCGGCUCCUUGGAGAACUUCAGCACUGACCUCUACGUCCUGUGCGCCGAACAAGCGCUCCGGCUGGGAUCUCUGGAAAUGAGCCAUGACUGUCUACAGAUGUAUUUUAAAGGAAGAUUUCCUAUUAACCAAUUUAUUGCCAGAGCAUACUUGUGCCAAGGCCAGUUGCACACUCCACUCUCUACUGAUAAUUUGGAAGAGUUUGAAAAAUUUGUGAUGUUCUUUUUGAAAGCAAUAGACUUUGCAAUGCAUGAUCCAAGAUAUUAUUUUUUGAUAUAUAAUGCCUCAGUCCUUUACUGGGAAGCUGUGAGACCAUAUCUUAAGCCUGGAUUCCGUUAUUGCCUUAUUCCCAGCCUAACACAGAUUGUUAAAGCACUAAACCAAACUGAAGAGCAAGACAAAGAGUGGAUAGCAGAACUCAUGAUAAAUUUACUUGAGUGCUUUCUUGAUGCUUCGAAGAUGGAAGAAGCAGAAGAAUUUUCGUCUACUGCAGCAGUCUUUAUUAAAGAAAAUGCUCCAGAUAAAUACUCACAAAUAUUUUCUCUAAUGGUAUAUCACCAACUAAUGGAUAUAUCCCAGGUAGAGAAGGAGAUACAAACUUCUAUCUAUUUGUCUAUUAUUUAUAAAAUGCAAAUGAUAAAAUUGCAGUGGCACACAAAUGACUUUCCAAAUGACACCACCACAAAUCUGAAUUCUGUGUGUGAACUUAUGAAACAAUAUGAGGCGUCUCCAGAAUCUGAUCUCAGUAAAAAGAUUCCUUUGGUUCUGGAAUUGGCUCGUUUUUCUGUGAAAGCAAACAGCAUCGAGCUUGCUUAUGAUUGUAUACUUGAUUUGAAGAGAGCUGGUAUUACUGAUCCAGGGAGACUUAUAGAAAUACAGUGCUUGGAAUGUGAAUAUGAAGUCCAGAAACUUGGUGCUAAAAUUAUCACUUAUACCAAAGGAGUUGUUGAGGCUCAGCUGAAGUCAAUUAAAACACUUGAGUUAAUCUUGCUACAAGCAAUUCGAUUAGGAGAUCCCAAUGUAAUCCAGGUUGUCUGUGCUACACAGUGGAAUCUGUGCUUGCCGCUGCUGCAGCACAAUUUGCAGCAACAUGUGCGAAAGCCACUGCAGUCGGUUGCCGAUGUCCUAGAACAGAUUGACAGCAUGUUGAUUUUGUUACGUUGCCAAGUUCACAUGGAAAUUGCACGUAUUGAAGAAGAUGAAGAUAGAAUAGAGGCUGCUAUAGAACAUUUAGAGAAGGCUAUAUGUCUAGAUAGCAACGGGCAGUAUCAAGAACAUCUAAGAAGGACUUUCAAUCGUCUUCGUUUGUGCACAAUGCUGUAUACGUCACCUGAGCGUCUAGAGGAUCGGGCAGUAAUGAUGAUUGAACAGGCUAAAAAAGGAAAGCAGAAGGAUAUUGUGAGGAAAAAGAGGUCCCUUCUGGUAAAUGCAGGUCUUGCACUAGCCCCUGAUUCAUUUCAGAUAGUCCUGGAUAGCGAAAAUGAAGCUAAAGUUUUCUCAGGUAAAAGUAGGAGUCAAAUAAGCUACCUCAGUGCAAAGGCACAACAUCAUAUUAAAAGUGUGGAGAAAGUUGAUGGACAUUUGAAGCGCUUGGGAAAUGAAAAUGACAAAGAUAGGAUUAGACUUUGGGCAGAUUUGGCAAAAGUUGCACGAAAACAAGGAGUAUGGGAUGUCUGCCGCACCGCAUGCAGAUUUUGUCUCCUGUAUGAUGAUACUUUGUAUAGGAAGGUAACAAAACUGAAAAAAACACAGAAGAAGAAAGCUAGUAUAGUUAUGGAUGGUGAAAAAGGUGGCAGCUUGACAGGGGAAUCAUUACUACCUGCUAAAUCUUUCUCUUCUGAAAGAGAUAUACUCAAAGUGUUAGCAGAAAUAAGAUUCAUUAAUGCAGAGGCAACAGUUCAUUUAUUAAGACUGCAGGGGAUUGAACUGAAUGAUCCUGCUGUACCUCCAGAAGAUACAAGUCAGCAUCCUGCAGGAUAUGUUGCAUGUCUUUCUGAAGGUGAUCCAGAAUGGAAAAUAUACAGUUCAUGGAUCGACUCCUUAUCUCAGUACACUAUGGAAAAUUUUCAACGUGCGGCCGAAAUAGGAGAAGAGAUAAAUGAAGCCUGGAUUGUUCACAAUGCCGUUGUCUAUGUCUUAAACUACAAUAAACAUCUUAUUACUGCAGGAAGACAGAGGGAGAUUAUUGAGCAUCUGCAGACUCUUCUUAGAGCAAUAAAGAAUGUUGGACACAAUGGAAGUACUGUAAUUUUACUGAUGUUAUGUAAUGCUUUGGCUCGGGGCUUAAUUCUUUGUUGGAUUCCAAAACCAAAACUUGUUGAGAAGAAAAAGACAGAUGCAACAACAGACAAAAAUAGAAGAGCCGUGACAAAGGGGCCCGAGAAAGCAAGUUUCAUCCAGCUUUUGUCAGUAGAUCCCAGUGGACUUCCUGAUAUUAAAGCAGCCAUUGAGAUUUGUGAAUUUGCCCUAAAUUUGAUAGCCAGAACUGUGCCUACUGAAACGGUACCUAUUUCUGUACGACAACAGAUCAUUGCUACAUGGGUGAAAGCAAAACAGUUGCAUCAUCAGCAGAUUGGGCUUAAAGUUGUGGCUGAGGAGGAGAAUAAUGAUGAAGCAGAAAAUCCUAUCACCAGAGUUCUUAUUGGUCUAGAGAUGUAUUCAUGUAACAACUUGGGUCUCAUGGAUUUCACUCUUCCUAGCUUAUCUCAGUUAGUGAAAUUGGCGUUGGACUCUAGCUGGUCAGAUUCGUUUGUGGAAUUACAGACACUGACACGACUUACGCAUUUUGCAUAUGUAUCACAUGAAUAUGAAAUAGUGAUGACUUGUUCCCAAAGGAUCUUGCAAUCAGCUGAUAACUUUUGCUUCAAUAACGAUACUGAGAAAUGCGAAGUGCCUGAAAAUGCUCUGAGACAGGAAAUGUUAAGUACUGCUGCCUGUAUACAGGGGAAGAAUAUAAUGGCAAAUCUGUCUGGGAAAAAACAUCUGCGUGUAGCAGCAUCAAAAGCCUUUGUUCAGAGCGCCAGAUAUGCAGGUGAAGCAGGAAAUUAUUCCCUUGUAAUGUUUGCAGCUAGACAGUUUUGGAAUACAUGCUUACCUUUGAUAGGUUCUCCAUAUGACAGAGAACAGCUUAAAGAACCUACUGAAGUAAUUCUCAAGCAUAUAAUUAAAGCAGAAUCUAAAAAUAAACAGGAAAAGAAUGAUAUGUUGCCUUUGCAUCAGUGGCUUACUAAGGAUUUUCAAAGUAAUGAAUUACCACUUGGACACUUUCUCCCAGGUGCUGAGGAAGAUCUGACACUGCGAACCUCUUUAUAUGGAUUGCUAUUUCACAUACACGCUGAUAGAGCUGAUUGGGAGAGAGCACUAAAAGUGCUAGAUGAAGCCAUUCAGGUUUUGCCUCGGACUAGACACAGGCUACUGAUUUUUAAACAUGUGGUUAUAGUGAAGGCAAGGCUGGGAUACAAUUUUAUGAUGGACAUUCAGAAAUUCAAAGAUGAAAGUGAAGAUUAUCUGUCACUAAUGUGGCGCCAUCUGGUAACAGUCUCCAGAAGUACUGCUGGACAGUUAAACUGUUUUCAAAAUGCAAUUGAUGCUUUGCAGAAAGAAGAAAGUGAAUGGCAGAAAGUUGAUUAUCUGUUGGAAUUUGCUGAAUGGUUGUACUGCAACCAGUUUCCUCUUGUUGAUGUUAUUAAAACUCUCCACUGGGCAGUCGAUAUCUUGCUCCAUAUAAAAUCUUCCAUGCGACCUUCACAAGGAGAAGAAAAAAAUACUUUAAUGAAAUUAUCAGCUAUAGAAAAUCUGAAGAUGGACAUUGGAAGAAAUGAUGUGAUGCCCACAGUUGCUUUGGAAGAUCUGAGUAAUAUUAAGCAAUUGGAAGCUUUUUUUAGAGCACAUACUUUAAUGGCUGUAAUUUUUGGUCAUAGUUCUCCUUUUCAUCAGCAACACUGUUUGAUGGCAUAUGCUUGCAUCAUUCGUAUCUGGCAGGUUUCUCUGUCAGCAUCAGCACCUAUUCUGAAAGUAAUGUCGAAGACUUCACAACUUACUACUCUUCAGAAUGUGCAGUCAAUCAUUGCGUUUAAGAAAGAAAAGGACAAAAAGGAGGAGAAACAUGUUAAAGCUUCUGUUGUGAAAGAGAAGCCUAAAAGGAAAGAAUCAAUUGAUGGCUUACCAGCAAAUGUGGAAGAAUGGGCUAGUUAUGACUGUCCCAGUGAAAUCAGAGAGGCAUUCAAACAGAAAAUGAAUAGUUAUGGUAUUAACGAGGAAAAUUUCCCCAAACCUACUUGCACUUUGUAUUUUAUUGACCUUUUAGCUGAAGAGUUACAGAAAUUUUUUUGCCCCCACUUGACUCUUCCCAUCUUUCAGCUGGCUGAAGUCAUUGCUAGUGAAGUUGUGGAAUGUAAAAGUCUAUCUGAUCUCUAUCAUCUUCGAAUUGCCCUGAUAUGUUCAGAUUUAAAAUUGAGUGAAGCGUCUUCUUAUCAUGAGAAAACUGUCGGAGAAACAUUCAUCAGUGUAUUAGAACAGGCAAUGUGUAGACAAGAGAUUGCAUUGAAAAAAGAAAAAAAUGUGCAUGCUGAGACAGAAUUUGAAAAUGAAGCAUUUUUGGAAAAUACGAAGCUGAAUAGUAGCAAAGACAACAAUGUAGUCACUUCAAAUGAAAAGAUUUUGGAGUUAAAUGCAGUAACAGGAAAAGGACUGAGUGGACUUUCUUUCCCUUAUAUAUGGAUAAAAAAAGCUGAAGUACUAAUACAGCUAGGCUUGUAUCAGCCAGCAAGACUACUGCUUUCAGAAGCCCUCACUGCAACUCAGGAACUGAGGGCUCCAUAUGAUGUGUCAAGGUGUUUGUAUUUAUUUGCUGUAUUGGCUAACCAGGAAAAAAAACAUGGACAAGCUAAAGCACUCAUUGAGAAAGCACAGCUGCUAGGAGGAAAUGAGCAAUUUUGGUACAACAGCACUCUUAGUCUCGUAGAGGCAAUCCUAGAAGAAGAGGAGGAAGGAAAGCAGAGUGUGGCUUGUGGAAUUUUGGAACACACUGUAAAUGUACUCAGAUCUACUUUGCUAAAAAGACCCAACAGAGAAUCUGAAUUGCAUUUUAUGAUUGCAUCCCUUGAAGCCAGGAAAACACUCAUUCAGAUACACUUUGCCCAAAGUUGUAUGACUGCUAACAAGACUGCUAAGUCUUCUGAGUUACCACAUAUGUUACAGGAACCUUAUAACAAACUAAUUCAGAUCGAGAAAGACUUCUUUUUUUAUGGAUAUAAAAACUGCAGUGCUGAAAUCUUGCUAGAAUGUGCAAAUAUUCACAGGAAGCUUGCUAAGCAGGCAAGAAAUGAAGAAAAGCACCGUCACUAUCUAGAUGCAUAUAACUUAGCUCAGAGGGCUGUUUCUGAAGCAGAAGAAGUGUUUAAUAAUAUUUCUAGCUUAUUUGCAUUUAAUGAGACUACAAAUAUUAGUAUCCCAUUAAUGAGACAACUGUCUAACAGGAAACUAAAAUUCGUGGAAAUUCUUCUGGAUAUUUUUCGUCUUGUUAUUAUUGAAAAAAAAAACAAAAAAGCAGGAGAGACAUCACUCCAUAAAAUUGUGGAAGCAUUCAUCAGAGUGAAAACUGAAGAUGAUUCAACAGAACAGGGCUGGAAGCAUAUGGAGCACAUGAUAGGUCACAUUACGUUGGCUCAAUUAGCUCACAUACAGAAUCUCUGUAGAGGUUGUUCUGACAUCACAUCCAAAUGCCUCUGUCUUACUGGAAAAACUCUUCAUUUACUUGCUGUUAACAUGGAUCCUCUACAUUCAGAAAUUUACUGGAAGCCAAAUGUUACGGAAGAAGCUAAAACAUACACUACAAAUCCUUGCCUGACUUCAGCAGAAUACAGUGAAAGGGAAAUGACAAGCAACAUUUUACCAGCAAGAAAAUAUGAGCAUGAUAAAUGUAGGGGGAAAACACAGGAAUUAAAGAAGAAACAUAGGUUGACUCAGAAUUAUCUUUCUCAAUCAAAUGAAGUUCUACUGCAGUGCAUGGCUAUUGCAUUCUGCCAUAAUAUUAUUGAUGUAUUGGCUCCUGCUAGCUUGGAAAUACUUGAAUGCUUUGGGCAGUUUGAUCCAGUUUUGACAAGCCAGUUUUUGACUCUUCAUCAGAGCUGCUUAGCAUCCAUGGUGAUGAGAAAUAUUCUUCUAACAGCUACUUCAAACACCAGCAGCUCACAGCUGGCAGCAUUAUUGCAUUUUCAGAAUCACUUAAAACAAAACAGAGAUGCAAGUGAUCUUCAAAAAAAUGUGGAACAGCAACUGACUGCUAUUUCAAAGGCAUGGAAAAAUCUCCAUAUUCCUGUUGAACAUUUUAAUAUCAUGAAUGAAUUGCCACCUAAUUUUUACAUAGUUAUCCUCCAGCAUUCAGAAGACAGAUCAAAUUUGUACAGUUCAGUGAUUGAAAAACCAAAAGUAAGUACUGCACAACAAAGAGGAAAGCCCACUCAGCCGGUGGCUAAAGUUUCUCGGUUUCCCAUGAAUCCUGAUAUAUUUUAUGUUUUGUUGGAAAAAGUGCGUCUUUACAAGCAGCAAAAGAUGAAUAGACUUAAAAAAGCUAGCAGUCAAAACUUGCAAGAGUGUGUCUCCAAAACACACGAGUCUCCCAUAGACAAAAUAGAUGAGAAUGUACAGGAUUUUACAUCAGAUUUCUCUGAAAUAGUGGAAGUUAUGGAAGACUAUCUGAAACCAGUGCUGUCACAGUUUGAAUUUCCUGAUACUAGAGAACAGACUGCAUCAGUUUCAACUGAAUCAGGAAAAAUGAAAGUAAAAGAUAAGGAUACCAAACGCAACGAAAUACAAGGUACACCUAUGGAGUUAGGGUUGUGUGUGGUAUUAUUGGCAGAUACGUUACUUAUGGAAUUGCCUUUGGAAGGACUGAGUAUCUUUCAAGAAGAGGGUGUAUGUUCUGUAUCCAGAGAUUUUUCUCUCCAGAUUCUCUACAAUCGAAUGUGUGUGGAAGAAUCAGAGAUUGAAGUGAAAAACAAUGUUGAGAUGUCUAAAGAACCAAAACGAAAAGCUGAUCAGAAGAAGAAUGUCAAAAUGGGACCCAUUAAUCGUGUUUUACCUUCUAAUUGCCUGUCUGUUGAUACCCAUAAUUUUAAAUAUAUUGUGGAUCCUUAUAAUGAAGGAAAAGAAGCAGAAUCUGUAAGUCCCUCACAAAAAAUAAAUGAAAUCCUAGAAAAAUACCAUGACCCAUUUACAUCACAGUGGGAAGGAGUUAUUGGAAACAUACAUACUCCGAGCCAGGUUGAAUGGGAGCAACUGCUGACCAACUGCAGCGCAUUUGUAUUCUAUGGAAUGGAGCGCUUCUUGUCUCAUAUGUUACUCAACAGACUGGUUGCUAUGAACAUUCCAAAAUGCCUUUUGAUGAUACUUUUAGAUCUGGUGCAAUCAAAGCAAAGUUAUCAGCGAAUGAUGAACUCUGAUAUCCACAAAAGCUGCUCACAUAUUGCUUUGGAAGGACCAACAGAGACAGCAAUGCUUCUAAGCCUUACUGGUGUUCAUGCUAUAAUAGCCAACCAGUGGUACACAACUCUGCAAGAGAAUGCAGAAAGGCUAGAAAUUUUGUCUGAGAAUUUGUUAAGAAUUGGGAGGACAACUGGACAGACAGUCAAUAUUCUUCAAAAGAGGAAGAUCCAGAGUAAUUCAGUUAAAAUAGAAGAGGAUUUUGACAAUUCUCCUACAGAGAACGCAGAAGAACAGAACGUUCCUACUCCUCCAGAUCUUACUGCAAUUCAUUCAUCAGUUUUUAAUUGUGUGUUAUAUGGUUUACCCAAUGUAAUUAUUACAUAACUUAUGUCAGACUUUUCAUAAUAGGAACACCACAACAGUGUGCAUAGUGCAUGCCUUGCACUGGAGGCAUCCCAAUACCUUUAUGCAAAUCCUAAGAAGAGAUCAGCUUAAGAAAAUGUAUGUUUGACUUAUUGAUUGAUUUC